CAAGAGGCACCGUGACAGCCUUCUCUCCUUUUGAUGCCAGAGCUGAUGCAGAAGCUCUUCGUAAGGCCAUGAAGGGAAUGGGGACCGAUGAAGAAACUGUUCUGAAGAUCCUUACCAGCAGAAACAAUGCUCAGCGUCAAGAAAUAGCGUCUGCCUUUAAAACCUUAUUUGGCAGGGAUCUUGUAGAUGACCUGAAAUCAGAACUUACCGGCAAAUUUGAAACGUUGAUGGUAUCUUUGAUGAGACCAACUUAUAUUUUUGAUGCUCAUGCGCUGAAGCAUGCCAUCAAGGGAGCAGGAACCAAUGAGAAAGUGUUGACUGAAAUUCUUGCCUCGAGAACACCUGAGGAAGUACGGCACAUUAAACAGGUUUAUCUGCAAGAGUAUGAGGCCAACUUGGAGGAUAAGAUCACAGGAGAAACAUCAGGCCAUUUUCAGCGGCUGCUGGUGGUCCUGCUGCAGGCGAAUAGAGAUCCUGAUGGCAGAGUUGAUGAGGGUCUUGUUGAGCAGGAUGCUCAGGUUUUGUUUAGAGCUGGGGAGCUGAAAUGGGGAACAGAUGAAGAAAAGUUCAUCACCAUCUUGGGAACCCGAAGCGUUUCCCAUUUAAGGAGGGUGUUUGACAAAUACAUGACUAUUUCUGGCUUUCAAAUUGAAGAGACCAUUGACCGUGAAACCUCUGGUGAUUUGGAGAAGCUGCUUUUGGCAGUUGUGAAAUGCAUCCGAAGCGUGCCUGCCUAUUUUGCUGAGACUUUGUAUUAUUCCAUGAAGGGGGCUGGCACUGAUGAUGAUACCUUGAUCAGGGUCAUGGUUUCAAGAAGUGAAAUUGAUCUGUUGGAUAUUAGACGAGAAUUAAGAAAGAAUUUUGCAAAAUCAUUGCAUCAAAUGAUUCAGAAAGAUACAUCUGGGGACUACAGGAAAGCACUCCUGCUCCUCUGUGGUGGAGAUGAUGAGUAAUGGUGACAGUGACACAAAGGAUUUGUACUCCAGCUUUGCAGCCCUUUAGUUAGCAUGUCUAGCUAAGUUUUUGUAUCUUAAUGCUUUGUGGCUGUUUAAAUUUAUACUAGUAUUGCACUUAUUGAGCGUAUUGUUAUCCAAGCGAUAGCUGGUCCCUCCUCUUCCUGAUAUCCCAACUUCCAGGAAUUCAAGUGCCUUCUGUGAGUAUGGAAGAUGCGUACUGAGCACAGAACCCAGUUCUUUGCAAGUGUUUUGCUGAAAU